CGGGCCUCUUCCCUCCUUAGCGUUCCUACGGGCUGAGCGCUUACUCUGUGCCCAGCGCUGUGGUAAGCGCCGGGGGGGAGAGGGGCGGUCGCUGUCAGGUGGUCCCCCCCGGGAGGCUCCAUCCCCCGUUUGACAGAGGAGGGAACUGAGGCCCGCAGAAUACUAAUAAGUGCGAUGAGGGUGCUGGUAGGGCUCUCGCAGAUCUCUCGCGCACACAUCAGGACUUCCUGAGCAGUGGGGACACCUGCCCUGGCCGGGCCGGCUGCCGUCAGGUACCGGGGGGUUGGGGGCAGGGGAGCCCCUCACCUUGGCUGUCUCCGGUCCAGCAGGAGGGUGGGGGAGAGGCAGCGGCGUCGGGAUCCUCCUGCCGCCGCCCCCCACCGCGGCCCGGAGAGAAGAUGCCCAAGCAGCGGUCCGCCUCUUUUCCAGGAUUCCCUGUGACCGGCUGAUCAGGUUGCUGGGCGCGCAGGGUCGCGGCGAGGCCGGGGCGGAGCGUCCGGGUCCGCCGGCUCGGGGCCCGGGCCUCGCGGACCGGCGAGCCUCGGCCAUGCCGGGGGGGGACGGCCCCGACCCGUACGCCCCGUCCCCGUCCGUCCGAGGGAUGACGGUGCUCAGCAGGGACGCCUUCUCCAAGACCGUGACCGUCCCGGCCCUCCGGGUGCAGAAGGAGACGGUCAGCCGGCUGGUGAAGGUGCUCAAGUCCGCGGGGCUGCUGCAGCGGCCGGGCGUUAAGCGCGUCGUGGAAGACCCAGGCGAUGAGGACGGUCGCCUGGUCCUGCUGGACCCCGCCAAGGUAGCGGGGGGCGCCUCUCUGGAAGAGGCCGGACAUCUCGGCCUCGACCGGCUGGGCGUCAGCCCCGAGCUCUCCCGGUACAACCUGGAACUGACUUACGACAACUUCAAGACGGAGGAGAUCCUGCGAGCCGUACUGCCCGAGGGCCAGGACGUGACUUCCGGCUUCAGCCGGGUCGGCCACAUCGCCCACCUGAACCUUCGAGACCACCAGCUGCCGUACAAGCAUCUGAUCGGACAGGUCAUAAUAGAUAAAAACCCCGGCAUCACCUCCGCGGUAAAUAAGACCAAUAUCAUCGACAACACGUUCCGAAAUUUUCAAAUGGAAGUGCUGGCCGGCGAGGAGAACAUGAUCACAAAGGUUCGCGAAAACAACUUGAGCUACGAAUUCGACUUCUCCAAGGUGUACUGGAACCCACGGCUGUCCACGGAGCACGGGCGCAUCGCGGCGCUCCUGCGGCCCGGCGACCUGCUCUUCGACGCCUUCGCCGGCGUCGGGCCCUUCGCCGUCCCGGCCGCCAAGAAGAAGUGCGUCGUGUUCGCCAACGACCUCAACCCCGAGUCCCACCGCUGGCUGCGGCACAACUGCAGGCUGAACAAGGUGGACGGGCAAGUCCGCCUCUUCUGCCUGGACGGCCGGGACUUCCUCCGGGGCCCCGUGCGCGAGGAGCUGGCCCGGGGGCCGGGGGCCGGGGCCGGCGGCGGAGGGGGCCCUUCCGCCCACAUCGUGAUGAACCUGCCCGCGGCGGCCGUGGGCUUCCUCGGGGCCCUCCGGGGCCUGCUGUCCGGGCUGCCCCGCGGCCGGGGGCCCCUCCCCACCGUCCACUGCUACAGCUUCUCCAAGGACGCCUGCCCCGCCAGGGACGUGCAGGAGCGGGCCGGGGCGGCCCUGGGCGUGCCCCUGGAGGGCCGCAGCACCGUGCACCUGGUCCGGAACGUGGCCCCCAACAAGGAGAUGCUGUGCCUCAGUUUCCGGGUCCCAGCCGCCGUGCUCUAUGGAGACCGGGACACCCCCUCGGAGACGCCGGGGGAGGAGUCGGCGCCGCCUCCGCCGCCCCCGAAGCGUCGGCGAACGGACGGAAAUCCCGCGGACGGAGAAGCCCGGACCGGCUCCGAGGCGUGAUCUGUUCCCCGACGGACCGGCCCCGCGGAACAGGGCCCCCCAGACGCGCCCACCCCGGUGGCCCGGGACCCGCGGCCCAGGGCCACCCCUUCCUUCCGACGGUAGGCCCUCUCACCCUGUUCGAGGCUCCCGGCGGCCUCGGCGAAGUGGUACUCCAGCUCCAACCCAGAGGGGACUUCUUCCUUCCUCCCUUAAAUGUCCAGAAUGCUUCUGUCUCUGGCUCAUCUGGGCUGGGGUGGUCUUUGGAGAAAGCAGUGAAACGGUUCGCUGCCACCGACGGGCUGCUGAAUUUAAAGGAGAUUUUUCCCCCCCCGACCCCCUCCUCCCUCUCCUGUCCCCUCACGGGGCAGGCCACGCCACCUGACCCGGAGGGGCGGGGGAGCCGGGCAGAAGAGCCCGCUCCUGCCCCGUCACUGCCGGCGUCCCGGGAAUAUAAAGGGAAGGGUUGGAAGCCCCUUCCCGCCCGCCCGCCGUCAGUCACGGAUAUUCUUCCCACCUUAUAGGUCGGCCGAGAGCGGGGGUGGUCCCCGCCCCCAGCCCGGCACCCGAUUCGGUCACCGUUGGUGGCAAGCUUGCCUCGGUUGAAAAUACUGGGCCAGGACAAGGGGGAUGCUUAUGACCAAGUCCUUCCGGCACCCCGCCGCCCCGAGCGCAGAUCCCCCGCUCCCCGACCCCGUCUCCCUCCCUCCGACAGAUCAAAGGAACGGCCGGUCCCGCGGGGAGGGCGGGAGGUGGGAUGCCCGGCCGGAGCCUUACGGCUCACCCCCCCCCGCCCCCCGUCGUGGCCAAGGAGAGCCGAUUCCCUCUCCGCCGCUUCAUCUUAGGGUGCGACGCGCUAAGAGCGGCAGAGGUGGGGAAGGGGUGCGUUUCCGGAAAGAUCCCGGCGAGAGCCCCCGUCCGACGUGCUCCAACGGCCUCCGGCGCCGUGGCGCUCUCCCGGCGGAGAGGAGCCCGCCGAGCUUUGCCUUCCGUCCCCAGCCGUCCCGGGUGAGGACGGCCCGCGGCCGGGGGAGGCGGAGCCGCAGCCGAGCCCGGCCGGGGGUCCGUCGGAGGCGGGAGGCCCCCGGGACCCCCGCGGUCGAGACGCAGCCGCACCGCCGGGGGAGCGCCGGGAAGGAGGGAGGCUGCGGGACGACGCGGAAGGCCAGUCGGGAAUAUCUGCACCCAACGCUGUCGUCCCAAUGUCAUCGAAUGCCUGUUCAAAUUAAAGUCUGAAGUAAAAAUAAAACCCAGAGACCUAA